GAAGGAGUAAACUAAGAUUAUAUAUAUCUUCUGCUAGCCAAAAACAAGAAAGAAGAAAAGGAAAAAAGAAAACUUUGUCUCUUUCUAGGGUCAGAUUCAUUCUGUCAUCUUCAAAUUCAAGCUUGACAAGCUCGAAGUUAAUGGCUUUGGCAGACGGACUUUUUCUUUUGGGUUAUUGAAGUUCUUGUUAGGAUCUCUAUCUUUCUGUAAGCUUGGAAGGUUACGAAUUGAUUACUCGAAGAUAUUGGUGAAGACAUUUCGUAGUGCAAAUUGGUUAAUAUGGUGCCAAAACUAGAAGCUGUCAAAGGCGGUGGAGGAUCUAUCAGGGUUGGGACGACAGGGACAAUCAGUUCCCUGAUGACUAGGGAAUUAGAAUCCGUUAAAACUGUGCCUCAAACAGCAGGAUCUUCUCAGCAGAAGCCUGGAUCAGUUCCUGCUUCAGUUGCUGCUACUCCCAGAAGACACAGAAAAUCAUUGGAUGAAACUAGCAGCUGUACUGGUAAUUGUAGCAGCAUCGAAAUAACCAGGAAAAUGAAAAGCUACACGAGAAACACUCAUCGAAUCCCAAUGCUCGGGCCUGAUAAUAUUGCUUUUGAUAGAACUCCUAGCAGGGAGAAAAGUGACAAGAAAGGACCUAAUAUAGUUGAAAUUGUGGACAUAAAAUGUGGAAAUCCUGAUAGAGCAUGGGCUAGUCCUAUAACAAGCAAACUCAAGAAACUUGGAUUCUCAAAGCUUUCGGAAAGCAUUAUCUAAUUUCUCCGAUUUCAUUCUAUCAGAUUGCAGAAUGCUGUAACUUUUGCCUGAAAAAUUACUUGCUGACCGAUUUUUCCCAGAAAACUUCCACUGUAGAACACCAUGGUUAGUGAAGGCCUGUUAUUUCCUCAUUUUUCUUCUUUUCGGCUGUUAAAACCAAUCUUAUAGUUGGUUCGGAAUAACAGCUAGAGGAAGCUUUAUCUUCAAGGUGGAACUGAGGUUUCUGUAAACUUCUCUGAGUGUUUAUCUCAAACCCAUCAUGCCUCUGGUGCCAAAUCUGCUUAGGAGUUUGUGGAGCAUAUGUUCAUAAUCAAUCUCCAUAGUAAAUACCAGAUUAAUGCACGUUUUAUCUGGUUGCAAUCGAGGAGUUUCACGAACAAAGAGACAAUAGCUUUUGAUAGUUGUGGUCUUAUACCUACUGUUUUCACAUCAGUUCUGGACUUCAAGUUCUUGACUCAAGUGAAUAUCAUUUACAAUUUCUUGUU